AUGGCCACGCCCCCGAGCGGCGGCACGACCCCCGGGUCUACAGUACGGUACUGCUACAUGUUCGAGGAUGACAAGCGUCCGACCAAGCAGCUUGACGCCCUCCUCAGAGCCAUUGCCAUGCACAUCGUGCUUAAUCUUGGCGAUCGAAAUGAAAUGCAAAUCACUCCGAAGAAGCUCGCCGCCUUUUACAAGACUGUUGGCGGUGAUUAUGACUCUAUCUUUCUCGAGAUGCCCGACUCCUCCAUAUCAUACAUCUGGCAAGUCACCGGAUGCCAGCAUACCCUCCAACCUACCGAUAACGACUAUGCGCCGCCGUCCAUACCCGCCUUGACGCCCCGCGGCUUCUGCCGGUGGGAGUCUGUCGAGAUCCUACUCGGCCCCGAGGAACACGUACCAUUCUUACAGUUUGCUGUUAAAAACUGGAAUCUGCGGCACCCAGAGACUGGCGAGUCCUUCCCCCCAGACUUGCCCUCUGACGUAUUCCCCUCCGAGGCCGAUGAGAAGGUCGACUUGUGGCAUAAGGCUUGCGGGGAGCGUCUGACGCGCGAGGCCGCUGGUCGGCCAGCUCGCGCAACCAGACACCCCAAACGCGAGCAGGAGCCCGAAGCCGUCGACCCCAAGUUUGCGGAGACUCAUUCCAGAAAUCAAUCGCAAUCUGGCACACCGCGCCCGCGAACAAACGAAGGCGACUACUUUGGCAGAUCAUUCAGCUAUGUUAACGCGCCGCCUAACCCUCGCCCUCCUAAACAUGGUCAUUCCAGCCGCUCGCCUGAGAAGCCUUCCAGAAACAACCGUAGCUUCAACGAUAGAAGCGUUAUCCUUACGAAGACGCGUAUCUGGGUCCCAAAGAAGCACGCCGUCCGACCACGAGCAGAAGGCAUAGCCAUCCACGCCACUACUCCUCUGACGAAGAUAUGGAACAUGAACCAGUCGCCCCAAGAAGCAGGCGCCGACAGGCAACCUCACCCACGCCGGCAAUACGCCGAUUUAGCCCACCCGAUUCAGGUCACGGCAGUGGAUCGGGAAGCGGCUCGUCGCGCCUUCAUCGACCAGAGAGCGAUUUGA